ACGAGCAUCUACGAACGCACACGGGCGAGCGGCCUUUCCCUUGCGAUGUUUGCGGGCUGGCUUUUAGGCGAUUAACAGCGAUGCGUAACCACCGGCUCAUCCACACGGGUGUACGUGCGUGGGCAUGUGAAAGAUGUCCCAAGAGGUUCCGUAUACGAUCCGAUCUACGCACGCAUGCACGGCUGAAGCAUCCCGCUCACUUGGCCGUUAUUGAAAUACGAGGCCUCAACCCGACUCCGGACGAAGUGAUGGAGUAUUUAAACGCGAAUAAUAUUUCGCAUACAAAAGUCAUCGAGAUCACCAAAAUGUCUUUCGCAAAGGGCACGUCAAGUAUAAUCCCAAACUGCGCGCGAGCGUUGUCUAUGCUAGGAAGCGUUCCGCGUACACAGGUCACUUACAGCAAACCAUGUUUGCUGAAAAUAAUUUACAUUAACAUAGAUUUCCAACUCCCCCGCCGCGGUCGCGGUAUAGCCAAGAACCCGCGCCGGCCGAAGAUCCUGCAGAGGGGGGGUGACGAUGUACCCCAGCCCCCCCAGGAAAUGUUUCCGGUCACCCUGAACGUUACUGGUGGGGAACUGACGGAUAUGGACGUCCAACUCCUCCUACGCGAUGGGGUUCUGGUCAAUGGGAACCAAAUGGUGCAGUUGCAACUCGACGAUAACAUGCUACUGGAGUAAAGGAAAAUGGUUUACACCAUUCGUCAGUAAUUCCCAAGCAACAGUUUUUAAAACAACG